AUGGGCUCGCGCACGCCGCACGUGCUGGUGGACACCACGCCCGCCAAGACCAUCGUGGUGUACCGCAACGGGGACCAGUUCUACGUGGGCCGCAAGUUCGUGCUGUCGCGGCGCCGCGUGGCCACCUUCGAGGCGCUGCUGGAGCAGCUGACGGAGCAGGUGCAGGCCCCGUUCGGCGUGCGGCGCCUCUUCACGCCGACGCGCGGGCGCCCGGUGCGCGAGCUGGACGCGCUGCAGGCCGGCGGCAAGUACGUGGCCGCCGGCCGCGAGCGCUUCAAGAAGCUGGAUUAUAUUCACAUAGUUCCCAGAAAACCUGCGAAGAUGAGAAAGUCGAAGGACGUCAAGCCCGUGGUACAUUGUGACAUCAGUGUGCCUUCCAGGUGGCAAACGUCCCAUCGGCUAUCCCGACCAAUAAACGUUUUCACAAAUGGGAGAUUAUUUUUCCCACCUGUCAAGAUUAUUAUUCCCAGAUUCUGCCUGACGGACUGGAAUUGCGUGCUGGCCGUGAUUGGAGAGAAGGUCUUUCCUCUGGGAGGCGUCCGAAAGUUGUUCACGAUGAACGGGCGUCUUCUGGAAGACUCCAAGGAGCUGCAAGACAACCAUUUCUACGUGGCCGUGGGGCUGGAGACCUUCAAGCGCUGUCCUUACUGGAAGUCCCCGAGGGUGCCCAGCGCAGUGCGACAAAAGUACUCAGACAUGGAGAAAUAUUCACGAAGAAAGAAAAAAGAUUCUGUUUUUUAUGCCAAAGAGGGAGAGAAGCCAAACGGAGAACCUUUCACGCCGAGCAGGGCAGAUGGCGGCGUGUACAAAGCCCAGACUCUUGACGAGGACACCUCAGGUGCGCUGGAAAUCAAGGAGGCCCCGGACGUGCCCGUGGACGUACCUGUGGACCAGGGGGUGGGCGCCCUCGUCCUGGGCAGCCCUGGCCUGGGGGCGGUGGCGGCCACACCAGGGUGGCCCCACGCCUGGAGGCCUGAGUUCGCUGUUUGCGGCUGGAAACCGGCGGAGAUGGUGAAAGAAGCUGAAGAGACACACAGGAACAGCCCUGAUUUUGAAAGCAAUAAGUGUGCCAGUGUCACUGGGGGUGAGGCCCGCAGGGCGCAGUUUUCCUGGGACGCGUUGGACUGCACUGACCCCCUGGAAGGCCCUGUGGCCCUGGGAUCGGGACCACCUCUUGGGAACCAGGGCGUCGGAUGCGGGAAGCACGGACACAGCCAGUCGCAAGCUGUGCACCUCUUAUUCCACCUGCUUCCCUUCCGGAGGCGUUUCGGGCGGGAGCCUGAGGUUAAGGGCAGGUUUCCCCAGGAGCUGCACGGAUGGGGCCGGGCCCCGGCGAGGGGCUGCGUGUGGGUGCUGGGAGCAGGAUCCACCGAGUUUCCCUGGUGUCGGCGGGGACCAGUCUGCUCCCUCCUGGUGGACGAGGUGAGAGCGGGAGAAGAGUGGACGUGA